AUGUCAAAUUAUAAGUUAUACUACGGCAAUGCACGUGGACGCGCUGAAAUAACUCGUUUGAUAUUUGCACAAGCUGGACAAAAAUUUGAAGACCUUCGUUGGGAACAGGAUGAAUGGCCACGUUAUAAAGCAGAAAUGCCGCUGGGACAAGUGCCCGUUCUUGAAGUUGACGGCAUCAAAAUUCCGCAAUCUAUAUCAAUUGCUCGAUUUGUUGCUAAACAAUUUAAUUUAGCUGGUCGUGAUAAUCUCGAGCAAGCUAAGGUUGACUCGGUUGUUGAUACAAUUGUUGAUCUGAUGGAAAAAAUUAUACCAGUAAUGUUGGAGAAAGAUG